AUGGCGGACGGACGAGCGGAUCUCCAGCGCGACCUACGUCUCGCUAGAGGGAAGGUCCAAGAGUUGGAGGAAGAGAGGUUCUCGCUGGAACAGCAGCUGCACCAUCAGGAUCGUUGCAUGCGGCAGCUCCAGCAUGAUAACGACUGGCUGCGCAGCGAAUUCUUCCAGGAGUCCCAACUUUUGGGCGUACGGGAAAGGGAGAUAUUCGAGCGUGGAAGAGCUGCCGAUAGGCGUGAGCAUCAACUCAAGGCCGAGGUGGAAACCCAGAAGGCAGUCAUCCAGCGACAUGUCCAGGACAAGGAGGCUGCCCUUGGGCGUGAGCGUGAGCUCAAGGCCGAGGUGGAUAAGCAGAAGGCAGUCAUCCAACGACAUGUCCAGCGACGCGCCCAGGACAAGGAGACUGCCGAUAAGCGUAUCCGGGAGCUGGAAGCCUGCCGAAAUAACGCCAAUCCCGUCCCAGUCCCACGCGAUUCACCACCUGCUACGGACAACGCCAGGCCUUCAAAACGGCGGCGACAGGAAAGUCCAGUUGCGGACCAGCGAGUGUCUCGGGUGGAAAGGGAACGGAUUGACCGUCCUCUUGCACCGAAAGAUAGCAGGAGAGAGGUGCCUGAGUUAUCACUUGUACUUGUCCAGGAUGAGAAUAUCACUGAAAGAGUGGUCGAGAAGCUCACUUCAGUUAUGAAGGAACCCAAUAGCAAGAAGAACAUGGAGCUCUUCCUGGAAAAAUUGUGGAGCAGUUGCUACUGUAUCCAUGAGGUGGCCAAGAAGGGCAAGUCUGUCUCAAAGCCUCUGACGCCCUCCCAGCCUUGCCGUGGAUGCGGCUCGAACAUCCGUGUCAAAACUGUAGUGGAGUCGGGGAGAAUCAAGCUCAAGGUCGGCCAUUUCACAGUGGAGGUCUAG